AAUCCGCCAUCGAUACCGCCGCGCCGAUCUAGUGGCCAGCCAAUGCCAUUGGUCCAUCGUUCGAGGGGUCGCAUCCUUGCUUGGGCCAUGCCCAGUCACUGGCCGUAAAGAUGGCAAGCCGACCGCCAGGCGUUCCGAAUGGCGGCGAGAACGGCCAGACGCCGCCCGGUGCCGCAGACACGGACUCCCAGUUCACGCGCCCCUUCACUCUCUACGAAGCGCUGCCGUUCUCGCCAUUCACGUCCGUCAUUCCUUUCCAGUCAGGCGUCAUCCCAAAUCCGACCUUGGGAUCUGGCUUUCCGGCCUCUGACCUCCCACAGCAGGUCCCGCGCCAGGACUUCGAUACGCUCACUCGUGAGGCUUCCCAGCAAGCGCCCUCAAGACGACUCAAUCAUGCGAUAGAUCAGGUGCAGCAUCUGCUGAACCCAAACAAUGUCAACUCACUCACCUUUCGCAAGGGCCCGAAAAUGAACACGGGCGCAAACGCGCCCCAGUCUAAGAGUCUGGCUUCGGAGCUUUCGCCAUUUGCUAGAAUGGUUUUUGAGCGAUCUAAUGUUUCGUUCAGAUAUCCUUCUCCCGACUCUACUGUGCCACAGGAUAUCAACGGAGCUGCACCCCCCACGCCUGUCCCGACGAAGAAGCGAAAGUCACUCAUCCCCUCCAAGGCAGAAUCUCCAGCCGGAAAGAGGCACACUGCAGUGCUGAACAAGCAGGCGAAUGCGCACAACUCCAAGAUCGAGAUCUCGAUUCCUCUUCAGCCACCAGCAGCCAGGCCUAGCGGGCCCUCAAUUCCUACACCCGAGGAAGCUGGCGCGCCCUUGGAAUCUUUGCCUUCACCCAGCGAUGCAUUCCUGCCCUACCCAACUUCGACUCAGCAGGUCACAUCACCGCGGGAGACGCCCCAGAGAGUCUCUCCGUCAGCCCCUCCAGAGCAAAGCGAUGACCAACCGAUACCGGAUCAGCGCCCUCGGGACCCUCCUGCGCCCUCAAGUUCCCAACAGGCUCGAAUGGAAAUCCAAAUCAACCUUCCAGCGUUUGUGCCCGAUGCGGAUAAAUACCGCGACUAUAAGAACUUGGUGGACCUACCCGCGGAUCUCUCGAGGCCCAGGCAGCGAAAUGCAUACAACGAGCCAGAGGAGUAUGGCAUGGAUCUGGAUCGAAGUCAAAAAUCGGACGCUGCAUUCCAGGAUGUGCGACGCCAUUUCUCGGACGUCUUCGUGGCCGAGAUAAAUCUGAGCACCCAGUCGACAGCUUCGCCAUUGGUGACUACCACCAACGAGGAUGUGCCCACAAUAACUUCAGCUGGCCAGCAGCGAACCUACCAGCUCAUCGACAAGGCCAUCGACCUACGCUGCUUCGAGGACAUCCCGCUCGAAGACCUUCUGCAUAUUCAGAGACUGAGUGAUGGUGCAUUGCAGUAUGCUGAGGGACUCGAGGCCAAGCUCGAUAGUGAAUGGGGCGAAGUUGACGUCUUCACAUGGGCCUCGCAGCUUCCAAUUCUCGAUAAUGGCUUGAGGGCAGCGAGAACAUCCCUGAAGAUCAUGGCAGGGGGUCGGGACGACAAACAACUGUACUCCGAGGACACCAUCAGGCUGGCGGUCAACCUCUUCAAAAAUGUCAUGGAUGGAAUCGCUGUGCCCGUCACGGAACUCCGGCAAUCACAACAACUCUUCUCCCUGUUGGCGAGUCAUAAAAAGUCCAUUCUAGUGGUAUUUACGAGCUGUCAACGGCUUUACACGCUCAUGGCCUCGCUCAUCCGUGCCAUCGACCUCUCCGAGACGGUUGUCAACACCCUCGAGUUUUUGUCCACACGCCUGGUCUUUGUCGAAAAUGCCCCAAGCGAAAGGGAGUCUCUCUUGGGGACUCCAAAGUUCGACGGAUUAAGACUUAUUGCCAUGGACAUGCUGUCCCAAAUAUUUGUUCUCAAUCCAUCUCAGAGACAGGGCAUCUUCGACGAGAUGCUGACAUCACUGGAGAAGCUUCCGGUGGGAAAGCAGAGUGCGAGGCAGUUCAAGCUUGUCGACGGAAGAUGUGUUCAGACUGUGUCUGCCCUUAUAUUGCGGCUGGUGCAGGCAAGCGCAGGGCAAGUUGGUGGGUCUUUCACCAAGGGAUCUAAUCGCCGCCUGCCUUCGGCUCGAGGGGCGGACGGCGACGAUGAGGAUGGUGAACAUGGUGGUGCUGGCUCCGGCGGCCCUUCGCGCAGGCGAACUGGGGCCAUCAUUGCUACAACGAUCACGAGCGAAGCAGAGGCUGCUGAUGAGUAUGAGACGGUGAUGCGCGAGCUCAAGGAAACCGAAUCUUCACUGGUCGGCACCGCAUAUCAAAACGCCUUCUACGUCAUGAAAUUCAUCGUCACUCGCGCCCUGAAUUCGACAAAGUCCGGCGACUCCCCUUACAGGAACCUGCUCGAUCUCUUUGUUGAAGACUUCAUCACAUGCCUCGAAUCGCCAGACUGGCCUGCCGCGGAGGCUCUGUUGGAUGUCGUCUGUCGGUUGAUGCGGCAGCAGGUGGACACCGAGCGUACGUCUGCCCCGGCAAAGAACAUGGCGUUGGAGAUUCUUGGCUCGAUAUGUGCCGCCAUCUCCAAGCUGAGAUCUCAGGUUAGGAAAACUGGGAGCUUGCUCAGCACGGUCGAGUCGGACCCCCUUAGCCUGUUUCUCUCCGAUCUGGCAGCUGCAUCCUUAAAGCAGAGGGUGAAUUCGGAGCAGAUGGUCGACUGGUCAGGGCCGUUCCGGGCUGUGUUGGAACAUCUCGGGACGAGGCUCCGUGAGGAUCCGCACCUGACCAGCGCUAUCUCGUUCCUUUGUGCCCAAUGGGCGGAUGUGGUUUCGACGACGCACGCUGCGUUCCAGGAAACGGAUGGUACUCCAGCAGCACUCGCCGAACGAGACCGGGAGUUUGGGAGGCUGGCAUAUCGACUGCACAUGGUGAUCCAGGAUCCCAAAUGGCUUUCAACCCAGUAUGAGUUCAGGGAAGUCUCGCCAAUCCAGGCGAGGGCCUCCUACGCCAUAAUACUGGACCAGUCCAAACUCGGGAGCUCCUUCAAGCCCAUCCUGGGAAUUCUGAUUCAUUCCAUGUCCAGCGAUCAGGCCACGGUCCGCAGCAAGAGCUUGAAGAGUAUCAACCAGGUGAUCGAAACAGAUCCCUCCAUCCUGGAUGGCGAAUCAUCCGUCGUGUCGCUCAUCAAGGCGUGCCUUACGGACAGCUCUCCACAAGUCCGCGAUUCCGCUCUUGGUCUUGUUGGCAGGUGCAUUAUGCUCCGGCCCGCCUUGGAGAUGACCCUGGCAAUGCCCAUCAUUGAGAGAUUUAUGGACGCUGGUGUCGGUGUCAGAAAGCGGUCAAUGAAACUCACCAAGGACAUCUACAUGAGGCAGUCAGACCGCGAGCUGCGCAGCUGCAUUUCCCAAGGUCUCCUGCAUAGGGUAGCAACGGAUCCUGAUGAGGGAGUCAAGGAGCUCGCCCGCCAGACGAUCGAGGAGAUAUGGAUCUUCCCCUUCUACCACGCUGAAACGUCGGCGGCGGACAAGAAGUCGCUGGCAGACCACAUCGACCUCAUGGUUCACACGGUGAAGCAAGGUCUUAACGUCGCCAUGUGGCUAGAGAAGGUUUUGCAGUCUAUCCUCUCGCCUACAUCCAAGACGGCUCGCCAGAACUUCGAGGCCUGCAGAACACUCGUGGCAGGCAUGUUCGACCUCGUGCCUGCGGACGGCCCUGAGGGCAGCGACUCAUCCUCACUUUCGGGCAAGGAUGUGUUGCAGGUGCUUCAGGUCUUUGCGAAGGCCGAUCCAAGGCUGUUCGACUUUGAGCAGAUUAGGCUUCUCCGUCCACACGUGUUGAACAUCACCAUGAGCAUGACGCCGGAGGAAAUAGUCGUGACCCGGGCGGCGGUCGUCAUAUACCGCCGUGUGCUUCCUGAGCUGUCCGGUCAGCACCACCAGCAAUUUCUAGCGGAUAUCUUGAAGGUGGUGAUGCCUGCCGUCUCAAAGAUCUACUCCAGGCCUCUCCUCCUCGACGACGUCAUUGCCUGCCUUUGGAUCAUUUGCGGCAUAACAGGCGAGGAACAGAAGCUGGCGACGCUGGCGGCUUCGGCCCUGGCUGGAGCAGCUAAUGCCCAGAAAGGAGGCACACUGGAUGCUAAGAAGAUACUGGCAUAUUGUCCCAUUAUUGGGCAUCUGGGAAAGCAUUGCGAUCUCGACAAGUGGACCGACAUUUUCAAACAGCGUCUCCCUGUCUGGAAAGGCAAAUCCACGUCUCAGCUCAUGGUAGACACGAUGCUCCCCCUUUCCCGGGCGGACAAGCCCAUGGUCAUUCGCAGGUCUGCACUGGAGGCUAUUGGCCUCGUCUGCCAGUCCCACCCUCGAAACUACGUCAGCCCUAGCGUCUACAAGAUGUUCCAGGACGUUUUCGACAAGCAGGACAUCAGUCUCGAGAGCAUCGUUUUGAGAUCCUUCAAGGAGUUUCUUAUGACGGAGGAGAGGCGCUCAGACCAGGCAUCCCAGGCCGCAGCCCUCAACGGCACCGGCACUGCAGCCGAGGGUGGAGUCAGCAAGAAGGAGCUUACGGUCAUGGGCGGCACUAACUACGACGACGUGGCCAGCGCAACGACGCAGCGAUUCCUCGCCCAGAUCACACGAAUAGCCCUGGCCACCAUGGACGCCCACGCCCUGCUCGCCGCUGAGGUUCUGGGUAGCAUCAACCGCCAAGGUCUGGUGCAUCCCAAGGAGACGGGUGUAACCAUGAUGACGCUGGAAACGUCCCCAAGGAAAGAUAUAAGCGAACUUGCUUUCCGGGAGCACAAGCUGCUUCAUGAGAAGCACGAGUCUGUCCUUGAGCGCGAAUACGCAAGAACGCUGCAGUCCAUAUUCCAAUAUCAUCGUGACGUCGUCGGCGAUAUCCGCGGCGCAACUCGCGACGACCGGAGCGACACCUUUGCGUCGAAGCUCAACAACAUGAUGGAGCACCUGAAGAUCAGCAAAUCGAAGAACCGACAGGGCUUCCUGCGCAAAGUGUGCGGCUUGAUCGACUUCGACCCAGCCAAGCUCGACGUCUCGCAGCAGCCUCACCCGACGCACCUCAUGUUUGCGCGCUUUCUUCUGGAGAACAUGGCCUACUUUGAGUACAUCACGGUUGGAGAGCUCCAGUUAGCAAUAUCGACUCUCGAGAGGCUUGUUACUAGCACCGGGGCCAACAUCGCGCACGCCAUCGAGUCCGAAGUCUUCCAGAUCGGGCUCGGUGGAACCGAGGCUGUGGUUGAGGGUCAAGAUCAGCAGCAGCAGUCAUCUUUUGCGCUCAAAGUUGACCCUGUUCGUCUAAGAAAACUGACGGCAGGCUCCAUGAUACUCUCGGCCGCCUGGGAAGUACGGACCUAUUUGCGCCGGCUUUACGGCCUCAAGGCUGAACGUCGGCCUGCCGAAGGCAAGAACAAGGUGGCGGCCAAAGACCUCAGCAAGACGCCCGUCAAGGUUCAGAAUGUCACAGGGGACAAACUGUGGGAGGACCUAGAGGCUCUCAUGUCUUCGCUGUCGUCAGGCGAGCUGAUGGUGACGCAAUGCCGCGCCUUUGUGGAUUUGCUGAACAUUGACAAAGAGUUCAAGGUGGCCGACGAGGAUGGCGAUGAUGGCGAAGGCCCCUCAACCCCUAGUGCGGACGAGGAUGACGAGGCGCCCGACAGCGCCUCGCGCGGCCGCAAACGGAAGGCGAGCCACACACCCGGCGGAGGGGGGCGCAAGAAGCGUCCUCGCUCGACGUCGCAGCCUAGAAAGCGCGGCCGUCCGAGGAAGAACCCGCUGCCCGAGCCCAGCCACGGCGACUGGUAGCGGCCUUGUCGCCCGGCAAGAGAGUGUUGCUGCUUCAGAAUUGGCGCGCUACCACCACUCAUAGCGAGCCGUUCGGAAUCGUUUCUCGGCACAUAUUUCUUUUUACUUUGUUUUUAUCCAUUGCUGCACGUCUUCCUCGGGGAUAGAGCCGUCGACCACAGAGGUGUCUGCUUUCGUUCACCCUAAAAUCUUUCAUCGCGGAAUUUCGCUUUUACAUGAUGAUGAGCAUAGCACUGGAGUGGCUAUAAUUCGCCUCCUUUUUCUUUGUUGAUUUGAUUUUGGCAGGCGUUUGGGGCAUAGCUCUUUUCUCGGAGUUUUGCGGAGAGAUACCAUACAUGGGUAAUCAUGAAAAACAUGGCGAAUCGGCGAAACUUGCGAUUUUGCACUGGCUUGUAGCUAGCUGGGCGGCGGGAGAAGGUGGGCUUGGUGUCUGUCGUUUCACGCAACGCCAAGUCCAGUCUAUACACACAAGAUAUUUUUUACUAUGACACCUGUACUUGGCUUGAUACCCUUUGAACAAGAUGCCUUGCUCUCUCGAAACAG